CCAAUUACCCUCAUAGACAUGACGCCAUCUGACAAAUGUCUGAUUUAUCAGCAAUAGCUAGUUACCCUAUAUUCCCUUCAUGUAUAGCUUCAACAACACUACAACAAUUACAAUCACAUAAAUAAACCCCUCAUCCCCACUCAGUCUGACUCCAACCACAUCUACACCCACAUUCACACUCAACCUCCGCCUUCAAGAAAAAGAAGAAAAUAAUGCCCCUUAACUACCUCCUAACCGGCAGCACGGGCGGCCUCGGCUCCCUCGUCCUGGACUACUUUACCAGCAACUUUCCCCCGACACAAAAAGAAACCACGCACGGCGUAUCAUACGCCGCGUCCUCCUCCAACCCAUCCAACAGUGACCGCUUCACCUCAAAAGGCAUCCCCUUCCGCACCGUCAACUACGACGAUCCAUCGACGCUCGACGUCGCCUUCAAAGACGUAGAGAACCUGUUCUUCGUGAGUACGAACACAUUCGACGUCGAGAAGCGCCGAAGACAGCAUUUGAAUGUCGUGGAGGCGGCGAAGAGGAAUGGUGUUAAGCAUGUAUGGUACACCUCUCUCGCGUUCGGAGGCCUCGGGUCCGAUUCCAAGGCUGCGGUGCAGCAGGCGCAUUAUAUGACGGAGGAUAUGUUGAAAGAAUCUGGGGUGAAUUACACCUCCAUCCGCGAAGGAAUCUACACCGAAGCCUUCCCACUCUUCAUCAACUGGUAUCCCCAAUCGACGACGCUCUAUCUGCCCUCUUCGUCGGGGAAGAUUGCGUUCACACUCCGGUCGGAGUUGGCGGAGGCAACGGCGAAGUUGAUGUUGAAGGGUGGUCAUGAUAGAGAGAUCGUGUUGUUGACUGCGUCAGAGCCGGUUUCUGUGCAGGAUAUAGUGGACGUUAUUAAUGAGACGACUGAUCGAGAGGUGAAGAUCGAGGUAGUCGAUCCGGAGACGUAUGUACAGGUCAACGCGGAGAAUGAUAUUGGGGGCAAAGCGGAGGGGUUCUUCCGGCAGUUGGUGGGGUGGUUUGAGAGUAUUGAGAAUGGCGAGGCUGGGUUUACGGAUGGGUUGAUGGGGGAGGUGUUGGGGAGGGAGCCGGUGACGCCGAGGGAGGCGGUUAGGGCGUUGUUGGAAGGGGAGAGGGAUUAUACGUGGCAUCAGAAUUAUAGCAAGUAGU